CAUGCGCGAAGCUCGCAGCGGGCGAGGGAGAGGGCGCGCGGCAGGGCCUCACGUUGCCCCUAGAAACCAUCCGGCGCUGCGGCUAGGGGAGCUGGAGGGAGACUUGGCGAUUCAAGAUGGCGAAGGAUCUGGACGAGCUCUUGGAUGAGGUCGAGUCCAAGUUUUGCAGACCCGACCCACUGAGACUGGGCAUGGUCGAGCAGCCCAGAGGCACCCAGAGCAGCGACCGGAGCCGCGCCGACGCGAAAGAGAAUCUCAGAUUGACAGACACAUUUAAAAAAGCAGAGGAUCUUGACAGUCUUAUUAAUGAAAUAUUUGAAGAGCCUAACUUUGACAAAAAACCUUUUAAAUUAAAGUCUAAAUCUUCAGGUAACACAUCUGUCAAAGCUUCCAUUCAAGGCCUUGGUAAAAGCUGCAGUCCAGUGUACCUUGGUGGAAGUACUGCUCCACGUGGGAUUGGAACAAAUAUCUCACAGAGUUCUAUACACCAGGUCCACGACUCUCAGUUUGUCAUACUGUGGUGGCUUGUGUGUUGCUGUGAUACUGGAAGCUUUGCCAGCAGUAUUUCAAAUGCCAGCAGGAUCAGCCUUGAUGGACAGGUUUCAGCAGAGCUUCCAGACUUAACACAGAUAAAGAAGAAGGACCUGGCAGUCUACUUCUGAAACAACUGGCCAGCGAAAACCUUAUGAAUAGCAGUGUAACAUUGUCUGAUAUAGUGCUGAAAGAUGAGACCCUCAGGUUGGAAGGCGCUCAAAAUAUGACUGGGGAAGAGCUACCUCCUCACAGUAGAGUCAGCCUUAAUGACUUUGGUGAACUCAGGCUUUCAGGACCUUCAUUUGCUGAUGUGCCAUGACUCAAAAUGAGAAGCAGCUACAGACAUAACAUCCAUUAAUAAUCAGAACAUGGAAUGUACAAAGAGUAUGAAUCUAGGAAAAUUGGAAGUUGUCAAAAAUGAAAUGGGAUACAUAAACAUUGAUAUCCUAGGCAUUAGUGAGCUGAGGUAGACUGGUAUUGGCCAUUUUGAAUCAAUCGAUUAUGGUCCACUAUGCCAGAAAUGACAAAUUGAAGAGGAUGGCAUCAUGUUCAUUGUCAAAAAGAACACUUCAAGAUCUUUUCUGAAAUACAACUUUGUCAGUGAUAGGAUAAUAUCCAUAUGCCUGCAAGGAAGACCAGUUAAUACAACUGUUAUUCAGAUUUCCACACCAGCCACUAAUGCCAAAGAUGACAAAAUUAAAGAUUUUUACCAAAUUCCACAGUUUGAAAUUGAUCAAGCCUGCAAUCAAGAUGUAUUGAUCAUUACUGGUGAUUGGAAUACGAAAGUUGGAGACAAAGAAGGAAAUACAACCUUGGUGAUAGAAAUGAUGCCAAAGAUCGCAUGAUAGAAUUUUGCAAGACAAACAACUUCUUCACUGCAAAUACCGUUUUUCAACAAUAUAAACAGCAGCUAUACGCAUGGACCUCACUGGAUGGAAAACACAGGAAUCAAAUCAGCUACGUCUGUAAAAACAGACAACAGACAAGCUCAGUAUCAGUCAGAACAAGGCCAAGGGCCAAGUGCAGAACAGACAAUCAAUUACUAAUAUGCAAGUUCAAGUUAAACCUAAAGAAAAUUAAAACAAGUCCACGAGAGCCAAGAUACGACCUUGAGUAUAUCCACACUGAAUUUGGAGACCAUCUCGAGAGUAGAUUUGACACAUUGAGCACUAACCAUUGCUUUGAACACCAGACGAAUUGUAGGAUGGCAUCAAGGACAUUGUACAUGAAGAAAGCAAAAGAUCAUUAAAAAGACAGGAAACAGAGGUGGGCCCAAGAUGGUGGAAUAGACAGAUGCUUCUGGCGAGCCCUCUUACAACAAAGACGAAAAAACAAGUGAAACAAGUUUAUUUAUGACAAGCUAGGAGCCCUGAACGUCAAAGGCAAAGUUAGAAAACAAACUGAGCGGCAGGGGGAGGAAGAGACGGUUCAGAAGCAGAGAGGAGUUACCAGACCUGAAUCACUGGGAGCCCUCAGGCACCAUUCUCGGGAGCAGCUGCAGUGACCUGCUACUAACGUUCAGCCAUAGUUUCCUCAGGGAGAAGCAGCCACCCACACAGCCUACUCACCUCCGGAACCAGAGAAGAACAACAUUCUUGGCAAAAGCUAAGUACUUGCAUAUAUUUUACCGUGACCCUGCCCCCAAGUUGGCUUCAGCAGCUGUUGAUUUCCCAGGCCUAAGAUAGGCCCUGUUCAGCACCUAGAGCCAUCCUCCCAGCCUUGGAGAAGGAAUAAAUUCACAACAGGCAGAAAAGAUAAUUUGCCAGCUCUGCUAACCUGGGGAGCUCAGGACAGAAGCGGCUCCAACGCAGGCAUAAACGGUCCCUGGACUUUGAGUGCCUUUCCACCCCCUGCAUGGACCUAUGUGGGCCUAUUUCAGGAGAAUAGACCCUUGUUGGCAGACUAUAGCUGUUUCAGCUGUGCGAUGGAGAGGUGGGUGUUUGAGGUUUGACACUGCUUUGCCUAUUAAACAGGGUCCUCACCUACCCACAUCAGGGGCCUAAGGACUGGUGGCUCCACUCAGGUCACCCAGCCACCUACAACAGGGGUCCAGGGAUAACUGGUACCUCCCAGUCCUUACGACCAAAAACUUUGGGUGCUCAUAGUCCGUCUGCAGAACCCACCCACAUGUACGCUCUAGGGAAGAGGGACGCACUUUCCUCAGAGACACUUGGGGGAUGAUUCUUAGCUCCUUGCCUUGUUCAGAGCGUGACCCCCGCUGCAACCAGAUGCCAGUAACUACACCAAUCACUCCUGCCCCUCGAAGACUGUAGGACAGAGCCUGUACCACACACUUGAUGAACAGCUACCUGGACACCUGAUCUGAAUCUCUACAAGAAAAGUGAAUGGACUCCUAGACAGAUAUACCUGAUAACAGCUCUAGCCAUCUGAUGACAGGACGUCAGAGCUUCAGAGGUGAGCAUAAUCGAUCUGGUUCACUCAAGCAACCCAUUUGGGCAUAUCAAAACAAAACAAAGCAAGAAGCUACGAUACAGUAAGCAAACAAAAUAAACUAAUGGAAUAACUUAUAAAGGGCUCAGAGACAACAGUCAAUAUCAAAUCACAUAAAGAAACAGACCAUGAUCACCUCAACAAGCUCUCAGAACAAAGGAUCAAGGGAUCUUCUAGAUGAAAGUGCCUUCCUGGAAUUACCGGAUGCAGAAUACAAACAAUUAAUAUACAGAGCCCUUUAAGACAUCAGGAAGGAAAUCAGGCAAUACGCAGAACAAGCCAAGGAACACAAGAUAAAGCAUUUGAGGAAAUUAAAAAGGUUAUUCAGGAACAUAAUGAAAAGUGUAAUAAGCUGGAAAAAUCCAUAGACAGACAGCAAUCAGAAAUUCAGGAGAUUAACAGUAAAAUUACAGAAUUAACUCAAUAGAAAGUCAGAGGAGCAGAAUUGAGCAAAUGGAAAGCAGAAUUAGUGAAUUUGAAGAUAAAGCAGUUGGCACCAAUAUAUUUGAAGGAAAAUCAGAUAAAAAAUUUUAAAAAAUGAAGAAACCUUAAGAAUCAUAUGGGACUCUAUCAGGAGAAAUAACCUGUGAGUGGUUGGAGUACCAGAAUGGGGAGGGAUAACAGAAAAUACAGAGAGAAUUUUUGAAGAUUUGUUGGCAGAAAACUUCCCUGAUAUCGCAAAAGAUGAAAAGAUAUCUAUCCAAGAUACUCAUUGAACUCCACAUAAGGUAGAUUUUAAAAGAGAAUCACCACGACAUAUUAUAAUCAAACUUGCCAAAACCAAAGAUAAAGAGACACUUUGAAGAGCAGCUAGGGAUAAACGAAAAGUCACCUGUAAAGGAGAGUCAAUAAGAAAAAGCUCGAACUACUUGGCAGAAACCAUGCAGGUAAGAAGGCAAUAGGAUGACUUAUAUAAAGAAUUGAAGAAAAAAAAUUGACAGCCAAGAAUCAUAUAUCCAGCAAAACUGUCUCUCAAGUAUGAAGGUGAAAUUAGGACAUUUCCAGAUAAACAGAAGUUUAGGGAAUUCAUAAAAACCAAACCAAAACUACAGGAAAUACUAAAAAGAGUUCUUUGGUUGGAAAAUCAAUAAUAUCAGGUACUACCCCAAGACUAGAACUAUGGACAGAGCAAUCAGAUGUCAACCCAGGCAGGGAAAUCACAAAAAUAAAUCAAGAUAAAAAAAAUGCCCAAAACGGGAAUAGUGAUGUUGUGUAAAAGAAGACAACAUUGAAACAAUAAAGAGGGACUAAGAAAUGUAGUCAUAGAUCUUUCAUAUGGAGAGGAAGACAAGGCAAUAUAAAGAAAUAAAAGUUAGGUUUAAAUUUAGAAAAAUAGGGGUAAAUAUUAAGGUAACCACAAAGGAGCAAGCUAUCCUGCACAUCAAAAUAAAAUACAAGAAAAAAAUAGAGACUCAGCAGAAACAAAAUCAACAGUGACGAGUAAGAGGAAAAGACUGUAUAUAAAUUACUCAGCACAAAAAAUUAAGUGGGAAAAAGAAACUGUCAACAGCACAAAAAAAAAAAAAAACACAUCAAAAUGGCAACACUAAAUUCAUACCUACCUAUAAUUACACUGAAUGUAAAUGGACUGAAAUAAAGAGAGAGUGGCAGAAUGGAUUUAAAAAACAUGAUCUGUCUAUAUGCUGCCUACAGGAGACACACCUUAGACUUAUAGACACAGACAAACAGAAACUCAAAGAAUGGAAAAAAAUAUAUCAAACAAACAACAAUCAAAAAAGAGCAGGAGUGGCAAUAUUAAUUUCUGACAAAAUAGACUUUAAAGUUAAAUCUACCACAAAGGAUAAGGAAGGGACACUAUAUAAUAAUUAAAGGCACAGUAUACCAGGAGGGCAGAGUACAGGGUCAGCAGAAAAGAGGAAGGCCCUCGAUGAGGUGGAUUGACACAGUGGCUGCAACAACAAGCUCAAGCAUAAAAACGAUUGUAAGGAUGGCUCAGGACCACGCAGCGUUUCGUUCUGUUGUGCAUAGGGUCACUAUGAGUUGGAACCAACUCAACAGCACCUAACAACAGCAACAUACCAGGAGGAUAUAACCAUAUUAAAUCUUUAUGCACCCAAUGACAGGGCCACAAGAUACAUAAAACAAACUCUUAGCACAUUGAAAUGUGAGAAAGACAGCUCCACAAUUAUAGUAAGAGACUUCAACACAGAACAGGACAUCCAGAAAGAAAUUCAGUAAAGACAUGGAAGAUCUCAAUGCCGCAAUCAACCAACUUGACCUUAUAGACAUAUACAGAACACUCCACCCUGCAGCAACCAAGUAUACUUUCUUUUCUAGUGCACAUGGAACAUUCUCUAGAAAGACCACAUGUUAGGUCAUAAAGCAAGCCUUAGCAAAAUCCAAAACAUCGAAAUAUUACGAAGGAUCUUCUCUGACCAUAAAGGCCAUAAAAGUAGAAAUCAGUAACAGAAAAAAAAGGGAAAAGAAAUCAAACACUUGGAAACUGAACAAUACCCUGCUCAAAAAAGAGUGGGUUAUAGAAGACGUUAAGGAUAGAAUAAAGAAAUUCGUAGAAUCUGAUGAGAAUGAAACACUUCCUAUCAGAACCUUUGGGACACAGCAAAAGCAGUGCUCGGAGGUCAAUUUAUAUCAAUAAAUGCACACAUCCAAAAAGAAGAAAGGGCCAAAAUCAAAGAAUUAUCCCUAAAACGUGAACAAAUAGAGAGCAACAAAAGAAAUCUUCUGGCACCAGAAGAAAGCAAAUAAUAAAAAUUAGAGCAGAAUUAAAUGAAACAGAAAAACAGUUGAAAGAAUUAACAAGGCCAAAAGCUGGUUCUUUGAAAAAAUUAACAAAAUUGAUAAACCAUUGGCCAAACUGACAAAAGAAAAACGAGAGGAAGCAAAUAAACCGAAUUAGAAAUGUAAUAUAAAUGGUGUUGAUUUGGUGAUUUCCUCUUAAAAGUUCUUUUUGUUGGUGUAGAGGAAUCCAACUGAUUUUUGUAUGUUUAUCUUGUAUCCUGCUAAUACAGACAAACCCAACUGAAAUUAAAAGGAUCAUAUCAGAUUACUAUGAAAAAUUGUACUCUAACAAAUUUGAAAACCUGGAAGAAAUGGAUGAAUUCCUAGAAACACACUACCUACCUAAACUAACAAACAGAGGUAGAACAACUAAAUAGACCCAUAACAAUGAAGAGAUUGAAAAGAUAAUCAAAAAACUCCCAACAAAAAAAAGUCCUGGCUCGAAUGGCUUCACUGCAGAGUUCUACCAAACUUUCAGAGAAGAGUUAACACCACUACUACUAAAGGUAUUUCAGAAUACUCCCAAACUCAUUCUAUGAAGCCAGCAUAUCCCUGAUACCAAAACCAGGUAAAGACACCACAAAAAAAGAAAAUUACAGACCUGUAUCCCUCAUGAACUUAGAUCCAAAACUCCUCAACAAAAUUCUAGCCAGUAGAAUUCAACAACAUAUCCAAAAGUGAUUCACCAUGACCGAGUGGGAUUCAUACCAGGUAUGCAGGGAUGGUUCAACAUUAGAAAAACAGUUAAUAUAAUCCAUCAUAUAAAUAAAACAAAAGACAAGAUUCACAUGAUUUUAUCAAUUGAUGGAGAAAAGGCGUUUGACAAAGUUUAACACCCAUGCAUGAUAACUCUGCAAAAUAGGAAUAGAAGGAAAAUUCUUCACCAUAAUAAAGGGCAUUUAUACAAAGCCAAUAGCCAACAUCAUCCUAAAUGGAGGGUCUGAAAGCAUUCCCCUUGAGAUUGGGAACCAGACAAGGAUGCCCUUUAUCACCACUCUUAUUCAAUAUUGUGCUGGAGGUCCUAGCCAGAGCAAUUAGGCUAGAUAAAGAAAGAAAGGGCACCCAGACUGGCAAGGAAGAAGUAAAAGUAUCUCUAUUUGCAGAUGACAUGGUCUUAUAUUCAGAAAACCCUAAAAAAUCCUCAAGAAAACCAGUGAAACUAAUAGAAGAGUUCAGCAAAUUAGCAGGAUACAAGAUAAACAUACAUAAAUCAGUUGCAUUCCUCUACACCAACAAAAAGAACUUUUAAGAGGAAAUCACCAAAUCAACACCAUUUACAGUAGCCCCCAAGAAGAUAAAAUACUUAGGAAUAAAUCUUACCAGAGGUGUAAAAGACUUAUACAAGGAAAACUACAAAAUACUUCUGCAAGAAACCAAAAAAGACCUACAUAAGUGGCAAAACAUACCUUGCUCAAGGAUAACUUAGCCUUGUAAAAAUGUCUAUUCUGCCAGAACCCAUCUACACAUACAGUGCAAUUCCAAUCCAAAUUCCAACGGCAUUUUUUAAGAAGAUGGAGAAACAAAUCACCAAUUUCAUAUGGAAGGGAAGGAGGCCCCAGCCAAGUAAAGCAUUACUGAAAAAGAAGAACAAAGUGGGAGGCCUUACUCUACCUGAUUUUAGAACCUAUUAUACCACCACAGUAGUCAAAACAGCCUGGUACUGGUACAACAAUAGAUACAUAGACCAGUGGAAGAGAAUUAGGAAUCCAGACAUAAGUCCAUCCACAUAUAAGCAGUUGAUAUUUGACAAAGGCCCGAAGUCAGUUAAAUGGGGAAAAGACAAUCUUUUUGACAAAAGGUACUGGCAUAACUGGAUAUCCAUCUGCAAAAAAAUGAAACAAGACCCAUACCUCACACCAUGCACAAAAACAAACUCAAAAUGGAUCAAAGACCUAAAUAUAAAAUUGAAAACAGUAAAGAUCAUGGAAGAAAAAAUAGGGACAACGUUAGGAACCCUAAUACAUGGCAUAAACAGUAUAGAAAACAUUACUAACAAUGCAGAAGAGAAACUAGAUAACUGAGAGCUCCUAAAAUUCAAACACCUAUGCUCAUCUAAAGGCUUCACCAAAAAAGUAAAAAGAUUACCUACAGAUUGGGAAAAAGUUUUUAGCUAUGAUAUUUCCGAUCAGCGCCUGAUCUCUAAAAUGUACGUAUACAGCAAAAACUCAACUACAAGAAGACAAAUAACCCAAUUUAAAAACUGGCAAAAGAUAUGAACAGGCACUUUGCUAAAGAAGACACUCGGGUAGCUAACAGAUACGUGAGGAAAUGCUCACGAUCAUUAGCCAUUAGAGAAAUGCAAAUCAAAACUACAAUGAGAUUCCAUCUCACUCCAACAAGGCUGGCAUUAAUCCAAAAAACACAAAAUAAUAAGUGUUGGAGAGGUUGUGGAGAGACUGGGACACGUAUACACUGCUAGUGGGAAUGUAAAAUGGUACAGCCACUUUGGAAAUUGAUUUGGCACUUCCUUAAAAAGCUAGAAGUAGAACUACCAUAUGAUCCAGCAAUCCCACUCCUUGGAAUAUAUCCUAGAGAAAUAAGAGCCUUUACACAAAUAGAUAUAUACACACCUAUGUUCAUUGCAGCACUGUUUACAAUAGCAAAAAGAUGGAAGCAACCAAGGUGCCCAUCAAUGGAUGAAUGGGUAAAUAAAUUAUGGUAUAUUCACAUGGUGCAAUACUACGUGCCAAUAAAGAACAGUAAUGAAUCUGUGAAACAUUUCAUAACAUGGAUGAAUCUAGAAGGCAUUAUGCUGAGUGAAAUUAGUCAGUUGCAAAAGGACAAAUAUUGUAUAAGACCACUGUUAUAAGAACUUGAGAAAAAGUUUAAACAGAGAAGAAAAUAUUCUUUGAUGGUUACAAGAGGGAGGGAGAGGAGUAUUCAGUAAUUAGAUAGUAGAUAAGAACUAUUUUAGGUGAAGGGAAAGACAACAAACAAUACAGGAGAGGUCAGCACAACUGGACUAAACUAGAAGCCAGGAAGUUUCCUGAAUAAACUGAAUGCUUCGAAGACCAGUGUAGCAGGGGCAGGGGUUUGGGGACCAUGGUUUUGGGAGACUUCUAAGUCAAUUGGCAUAAUAAAAUCUAUUAGGAAGCAUUCUGCAUCCCACUUUGGAGAGUGGCGUCUGGGGUCUUAAAUGCUAGCAAGCGGCCAUCUAAGAUGCAUCAAUGGGUCUCAGCCCACCUGGAGCAAAGGAGAAUGAAGAACACCAAAGACGCAAGGUAAUUAUGAGCCCAAGAGACAGAAAGGGGCACAUAAACCAGAGACUACAUCAGCCUGGGACCAGAAGAACUAGAUGAUGCCCGGCUACAACCAAUGGCUGCCCUGACAGGGAACACAACAGAGAACCCCUGAGGCAGCAGGAAAGCAGUGGGAUGCAGACCCUAAAUUCUCAUAAAAAGACCAGACUUAAUGGUCUGACUGAGACUAACUAGAAGCACCCCGGUGGUCAUGGUCCCCAGACCUUCUGUUAGCCAAAGAUAGGAACCAUUUCCAAAGCCAACUCUUCGGACAGGGAUUGGACUGGACAGUGGUAUAGAAAGUGAUACUGGUGAAGAAUGAGCUUCUUGGAUCAAGUAGACCUAUGAGACUCUGUUGGCAUCUCCUGUCUGGAGGGGAGAAGAGAGGGCAGAGGGGGUCAGAAGCUGGCCGAAUGGACACUAAAAGAGCGAGUGGAGGAAAGGAAUGUGCUGUCUCAUUAGGGGGAGAGCAAUUAGGAGUAUACAGCAAGGUGUAUAUAAAUUUUUAUAUGAGAGACUGACUUGAUUUGUAAACUUCCACUUAAAGCACAAUAAAAAUUUUUUUAAAAGAUAGGAAACAAAGACCAAAACGUAUGUCAGGAGACUCUGAAACUUGCUCUUGAACGUUGAGUAGCUAAAGUGAAUGGGAGAAAUGAUGAAGUAAAAGGGCUGAACAGAAGAUUUCAAAGGGCAGCUCAUGAAGACAGAGUAAAAUAUUAUAAUGAAAUGUGCAAAAACCUAGAGAUAGAAAACCAAAAGGAAAGAACACUUUUGGCAUUUCUCAAACUGAAAGAACCGAAGAAAAAAUUCAAGCCUCAAGUUGUAAUUUUGAAGGAUUCUAUGGGCAAAAUAUUGAAUGACUCAGGAAGCAUGAAAACCCGAUGGAAGAAAUACACGGAGUCACUGUACCAAAAAUAAUAGGUUGACGUUCAGCCAUUUCAGGAGGUAGCAUAUGAUCAAGAACUAAUGGUAUCGAAGGACAAAGUCCAAGCUGCACUGAAGGCAUUGGCAAAAAAUAAGGCUCCAGGAAUUGAUGGAAAACCAAUUGAAAUGUUUCAACAAACGGAUGCAGCACUGGAAGUGCUCACUCAACUAUGCCAAGAAAUUUGGAAGACUCUGGCUCACCUGCUGGAAGAGAUCCAUCUUUGUACCCAUUCCAAAGAAAGGUGAUCAAGAGAAUGCAGAAAUUAUCAAACAAUAUCACACACAAGUAAAAUUUUGCUGAAGAUCAUUCAGAAGCAGUUGCAGCAGUACAUCGACAGGGAACUGCCAGAAAUUCAAGCCAGAUUUAGAAGAGGAUGUGGAACAAGAGUGAUUGCUUUAACGUCAGAUGAAUUUUGGCAGAAAACAGAGAAUACCGGAAGGAUGUUUACCUGUGUUUUAUUGACUAUGCAGAGGCAUUGGACUGUGUGGAUCAUAACAAAUUAUGGAUAAUAUUGCAGAGACUUGGAAUUCCAGAACAUGUAAUUGUGCUCAUGCGGAACCUGUACAAAGACCAAGAAACAGUCGUUCGAAAAGACCAAGGGGAAACUCCAUGGUUUAAAAUCAAGAAAGAUGUGCAUCAGGGUUGCAUCCUUUCACCAUACUUAGUCUGUAUGCUGAGCAAAUAGUCUGAGAAGGUGAAGAAGAAUGUAGCAUCAGGAUUGGUGGAAGACUCAUUAACAACCUUUGAUAUGCAGAUGACAAAACUUUACUUUCUGAAAGUGAAGAAGACUUGAAAAGCACUUACUGAUGAAGAUCAAAGACUGCAACCUUCAGUAUGGAUUACACCUCGACAUAAAGAAAACAAAAAUUCUCACAACUGGAACAGUAAGCAAAAUUAUGAUAAAUGGAGAAAAGAUUGAGGUUGAGGAUUUCAUUUUACUUAGAUCCACAAUCAAUGCCCAUGGAAGCAGCAGUCAGGAAAUCAAAGAACGUAUUGCAUUGGGCAAAUCUGCUGUAAAAGACCUCUUUAAAGUGUUAAAAAGCAAGGAUGUCACUUCGAGGACUAAGGUUCACCCUACCCAAGCCAUGGUAUUCUGAAUUGCCUCAUAUGCAUGCAAAAGCUGGACAAUGAAUAAGGAAGACCAAAGAAAAAUUGAUGCCUUUGAAUUAUGGUGUUGGUGAAGAAUAUUGAAUUUGCUGUGGACUGCCAGAAGAAUCAACAACCCUGUCUUGGAAGAAGUACAGCCUGAAUGCUCCUUGGAGGUGAAGAUGGUGAGACUUUGUCUCGAGUACUUUGGGCAUGUUAUCAGGAGGGACCAGUCCCUGGAGAACGACAUCAUGCUUGGUAAAGUAGAGGGUCAGCAAAAAAGAGGAAGACCCUCAAUGAGAU